CAGUCCGCUUCUUUUUCAGGCAUUUCCUGCAUUGCUGGUCCUGAAACCACGUGACGUGACUGCUUACUGCGUUGUUCACCUAGGCAUAAGCGGUAUCUCCUGGUUCACCUAUUAGCAGCUCUCUUCCGCUAUUGACAGACGGUCUGAGCGAGAUCGAGCAGAUGGAGGGGUCGUUCGAGGCGUACAAGGAGAAGGUGCUGCUGGGCGACGUGGCGUGGGACACGUACGUGACGGCGAAGCUGAUAACGGGCACAGACUUCCAGCUGCUGCGCCGCUACGACCACCGCUCCAAGGAGGUCCAGGCCGCGCUGCUCGAAGAGAACGGCGUCGGAUACGUGCGCACAUUUAUAUCCGUACUGAAGAAUGUCUUUAAAGAGGAAACCGUGGAGUACACUAUCGCCCUCAUCGACGAGCUUCUAACACGAGACAAGAAGAGGGCUCGUUUGUUUCACGACCCGUCGAUAACAGACGAUGUCUAUGCGCCCUUCCUCAGACUGCUGGGGCACACCAACUGGUUCGUGCUGGAGGCCACGUCGCGAAUCCUGCCUCUCAUCAUCGUCUCGCGGCCGCACAGCUCCUCGGCGCCUGCAGCAGCGCCCGGGGCAUCACGGGCGCCCGCGUCCUCAGAGGGCGACCUGGACUAUGUGCUCGAGCCCUUCAUUGCCUGGCUCUGCCAUCAGCUUUCCCACCCAGUGCACCCGGUGCGCGCCGUGCCAGCGGCCAUCACAGCGCUGGCGACGACGCUGAGGGACGUGUCGGCGCGCUCCAUCUUCGCCAAGGCGGACGGCGUGCGCCUGCUGCUGCCCUACAUUGCGCCCGUGGCUGGCCAGAACCAGAUGCAGCUGCUGUACGAGGCGGUGCUCUGCCUCUGGCUGCUCUCCUUCCACGAGCCUUCCCUGGACGCCAUUCGCUCCGCGCGCAUUCUACCGCGCCUCAUCGACGUCGCCAAGAGCUCCGCCAAAGAAAAGAUAGUGCGCGUGGCGGUGCUGACGCUGAGCAACCUGAUGACGCGCGGGCACCUGGGCGCGUCCAUGGUGGAGCUGGGGCUGCCCAAGGUCGUGCAGAGCCUCAAGCUGCACGCGUGGCACGACGAGGAUCUGAAGGAGGCCUUGGAGGCGCUGGACGUGGGUUUGCGGCACAACCUGCGGGUGAUGAGCUCGUUCGACAAGUACCGGCAGGAGGUGCUGUCGGGGUCGCUGGACUGGACGCCCAUGCACAAGGACGCCGCCUUCUGGCGCGAGAACAUCAUGCACUUCGAGGACAACGACUUCCAGGUGCUGCGAGCGCUGGUCGCCCUGCUGGACACCAGCCACGAGGCGCGCACCCUGGCCGUGGCGUGCCACGACCUGGGGCAGUUCAUCUCGGCGCACCCAGCCGGCAGGGGCGUGGCUCACGACAUGAAGGGCAAGGAGCGCGUGCUGCGCCUGCUGGACCACGGCGACCCCGAGGUGCGCAAGCAGGCGCUGCUGGCCGUGCAGAAGCUGCUGCUCUCCGCCAAAUACGUCUCGUACCUGCAGUGAGGAGAGUACCCCUGCCCCCUGCAGUGAGGGGGGAGGAGUGCGCCCUGUGCCUGCACUGAGCGCGGGGGUCCCUGUCCAACGUUCAGUGAGGGGGGGACGUGGCCGCGGUGGGGUGAAGGCAAGAGGUGGCAUUGUUGCUGGCAACUGGCCUGCCUGCCAGUAUACUUGAUGGCAAUUUGCCACUGAUGCUUUCCGUACUCCCUGCUCCUACUUCUCCCGGCAGGCCUGAGUAGUGCUGCUGUGCUAUCCAUGUAGUAGUACCCACGAGGUGUGUAGCUUGCCUUGCAACCACGGUAUGCUCGUUUAGCUCACAACUCGUAGUGCGUGCCCACCAUAAGGCCCCGGCCCAUAUAGACUCAUGCAUCCGGUAGCAUUUCUCCUGCAUCCAACCACUAAUCAGCAAAUGUGGGAGUCUAGUGGCUUGUAAAACUCAAAUGAUUCUGUA